CAAAUGUCUACUUCUCACUCGGCGUCCAAUUAUUUUGGAACUAUCCGGUCAAAUCUUGAUCGAAGUUCAUAUGAAUUGUUUAUAUAAUGUAUACAGUUUGUAGCAUUAUUUAGUGCAUACUAGUUUCUCUACGUCCACGAUCUUCAAGGAGAAUAGCAACUUACAGUAGACCCCUCGACACAGUACUGUCUGAUCUGAAACGCGAACCAAUGUUUUAUGAUGCUUCUUAUUUGUCUCCGAGAAAUUGAGGACAUUUUGAUGAAAGUCAAUUAAAAAUGGGGAGAGAGUGCGAUUUUAGAUCAAGGACAUAAGUGUGUAAUUGAAGAUUACAGGUUAUUAGUUUCAUUUCUUAGACAGUAGCAGUUUGUACUGCAAAUCUCAGGAACAGUCAACUCAUGUCGUGUGAUAUGUUGUCACUGACGAUUUUGCUUUCUCUCAGUUUUAGUAGAAACUUGCUCACCAGCAGGUUGUAGACAUUUCAAACAUUGGCGUGAGUAGAAAACACCGUUAGAGGUCAUGUUGUAAUAGAUUAAAACAAGGUGAACACUAUAUUAUGAUGGAGAUGUUUGGUUGCUCAAGUUCUAAGUUCUGAGUUUAGCAACCCAAAGUUCAAAGUGACCACAUAUUCCGUCUAAACUUGUAUAGAAGUCAGCUAGGCUUCAAGUGAUGUAAUUUAUCUUUUUAAUAAUCCUGCUAUUCCCACAAACAACUUCCAAUCCAUUCGUAUCAUGAAUCUUGUCACAGGAAAUUCUUGGUGGUCAGAUUAACGGCAAUUCGUGUAUGCCAAUCACUUCAGACAUUCACGGGAUUCCCAUACUAUCUCAACAGAUUUAUGAGAAAUGACGCAGGAAAUCCAUGUUAUUCCUUAAAUUAGCUAUCCUCUAUGUUCUCUUCUAGAGCAAAAUGUCUUCUAAAGCAAUACUGUCACCACAAUCAUUGAUACCAGUAAAAAGAGAAUACAUUAUGACAGACGUUUUCGUAUUUUCAUAAGAAUCCAAAAUGAAACGAUAUCGUUUUUACUGACGUUUCGCUGUUUAGUGGUGCUAAUAGCUUUGUAAAAGUGUUAAUAAACCAGGAAUACGAAGGUGAAGUAAGCCAAGCUGGACAUCUCACGUUGAAGAAUGAAUUUUGAAUUUGAAUUUUAAAAGUGCUAAUAGGAAGAGUAUAGAAUAAAAUUAUAACUGAAAUAAUGUUUUAUCUAUCUAUCUAUCUAUCUAUCAUGAUACAAAAUUAAGUAGAGUCAACCUCAUACUUCUUGGGCUGUCUGCAAUACUGCAUGGUUUGUCAAUUAUGUGUCACAAAUGCACGCAAUGUUCGAUCGGCUCUAAUGCACGAUUACGUACGAGAAAUGACGGCCAAACUGUCGAGUAUCUUAUGCAGUUUUAUACCUUUUCGUAAACCACGUGCAAAGUGUAAAGCCUUCUUCAAUGGUCCAUUCCAAGAGAAACUGCAUGAUUUCGCUGUGAAUAUGAGUGUUUAUGAGCCAUGCAGAUACAUCGGAGUAUAUGAUUCAUCUUUUGACAGUGCCAUGUUGCAGAUAUUCAAUACACUCAAAGAACACUUGAAAUUCACAUUUACACAAGAUUACAUUCAAGAGACAAUCGAAGAAAUUUGCUCUUCUGAUAAACAAUGCUUCAAAACAUUUGAAAAGUAUGCGAAUACAUUAAUGAACGUUUUUCACUAAGUAAGUUGACAUUAGUAAAUUAUUUAAAUGUUGGUGAGUCUGUAAUUGUUUUCUCGCUUUCAAACCAGUAUCACCGUGCGUGUCGAAAAUUUAUUAGAUUUAUUUCGUAAUUGCCAAAGAAAUUAUAAAAGUUUUAUAAUGUAAGAAGCAUCUUCAUCAGGUUAAGACUUCCAAUGGGAUACCUUUAAAACGAGAGCGAUCUAGCUAAAUGUUGUCCUGUAGUUUGAAUUCACCUUGUCAAGCCAUUCAGGAAGAAGGUGGGGUGAAUUCUCACAGUUCUGUGAGAAGUAUUAGUGCUGAAUGAUAUUUCCUACAAACUUCUUGAAAGGAUCGUGAAAUUUCUCUUUUGGAUUAUUGCCAAAGCUGUUAAACUAAUUAUUCUUCUAAUGAUUUUUCAUCAAAUUAUCCAGUAUGAGGAACAAAUUAACGGAAUUAUGCAUGAGCUAAACUUUUUGACAUCGUUAUCCUGAUACAUAUGAAUAUCUUAGCCAGGAGAUUCAGACUCCUCUGCCUCAAAACAAAAUGUGUUAAACAGUUUUCUAAUGAGAAAAAGUAGAUUAGAGUAUGACCAACUUCAUAACAUAUAUUUUUUAAUUGGUAUAGGAUGAUUAGAUGCACUCGUCAGAGUGCUGUCUGUCUAGGUUUUGUCUUUUUUUGGCACUUGUCAUCAAAUCAUAACUGAAAUCUUGAAGGAUUUCAAUGUCCUCACAGAAAUUGGAACCUGCGUCACUCAAUGGUGGCACUGACAGAAUGCAGUCAGCAUUAACAAAAAGGACCUGAAACGUGACCUGGGUGUCGAAGUUGAAGUAUCAUAGCCAGAGUCAAGGACUUUCAAACGUUGAAUUUAGGAUCAGGAGUUAGGACAAACGGUUGGAGUCAAGAUUAGGUGGGAGAAUAGUGUUGGAAAUAUCAACCGAUCUCAAAGUACCAUAAUCUGCAGUCACCUGGAUGAGCACAUGGUACGAUUUCUCUAUAGAUCAUCUGUGUAUUGACUGUGAGACAUUCUUACAACAAAUAAGCUGCAACUAUGCUUUUUAACGUAUUUUUCAUUAAUUAUGCAACAUUUUUGUAUCUGAGUUCUGACAGUUCGUUCAAGGUUACUAUGGUUUUGGUUAUGAUAAGUUAACUUUGCUCAAUUUUGAUUUUCCUGUUAGUUGAUCGAUUAGGCUAUAACGGUAUGCAUUAAUUGACAUGUCGGCCCCCACUACAGAAGAUUCGAUGACAUCUGAUGAUUAACUUUGAAGUAAUUUAGUUAAUGGUGAUUAACAAUGGAAUCCAGAAUGCACAUUUCGUCCUAUUUAGGACUCAUCCAAGCUUUGAUGUUUGAAACGAUGGACACUAGUGAGUUUGAGUUUCAUUGUGUCCAUCCUCACUCAGGGGAGAAUGCAGUUACGUCCAGAUGACGACUGCCUGAUGGGACGAAACACUCGUUCUGAAUUACACUGACAGUCACCAUUCAUAAAAAAUACUUCAACAAUUGUUUAAACAUCCUAAGGCAACCAAUUUACAAUGGAAACUAUAUUGUUAUAAGCGGGGUAUUUUCAGGGAACACGUUUGCGUUAAUUCAAUGCAACGCAAUCCAAUCUCUUCAAAUAAAUUUUUAGUUUAAAAGUCUGCUUCAUGAUGCAUUUAACACAUUGUAUACUAAAUUUUUGUAAUGUUUUGUUUCAAUAAUUCAUCUUACUUCCCUGUUUUAGAUUUUAAAAGAAUACGCUACAGUG